AUGACAGAAGUGGUCCCCACCAAAAGAAGAAGAAGAACUGUACAAAGUAGCGCAGUAAAAGAAACACCAAUUAGACGAAAAUCUACACAAACAAAGACAGCACGAGAAUUUGUUUGCGACGUGCAGAAAACCAUUCAAGGCUUACUUGACCAAGAAGAUACUACCAAGGAUGGAACAAUUACAAUAGAAGACUCCGGCCCCAAAAAAUAUCUGAUAGAAGGACAGUACGGCGACCAGAUCUGGCUAGAGGGCAACUAUUCUAUUUCUACGCUUUUACAAGAGCUGGCACUUGUUGAUAUUAAUCUCAAAACAGUUAUAGUUCCAGAAACAAUUAUAAAUGAACACACAAUUAAUAGGCUUACCAGGCUUAUUAAAACUUGCUUUUGGCCAAAUCUUAGGCGAAUGCUUGAUUUGAACGGACUGAAGCUUGCAUUGAUUGACACAAAAAUAUCUCGAGUAGAAUAUUUUCUUUAUGUUCCUUCUUUUGACACCGAGAGUAUUAAUUAUUAUAAAGAAAUUAUAUCCACCUUGGCAGAUUCUGGAUUUUUAGUAAAAUUGAUUAAAAUACGAAUGAACAAAGCAUGUGAGUCUGGAGUCUAUUUUACAGAUUCAUUGAUUUCGAGAGAAGCAUUGUGUGACACUGCUCCUGGGCUUCUGGCCCUAUCGCAUACAUACUUCUUUAUUUCUUCUGAAGCACCAGAGGCAAUCCCCUACUCAGUAGACGAGUGUACAGAGGGAAACAAAAAAGAAUUACAUUCAGAACCGGCCUUUAGUCAGAAGAAUAGCUCAUUUCCAGACCAUUGGCAUAACCCUAAAAUAUUCCCCUCUGCUAGAGGUGGAUACAUUCGGCAGGGAAAGGGGCCAUGCCCAUUUUAUGUACCCGGCGGGCGAUUCAAUGAGAUGUAUGGAUGGGAUUCAUACUUUAUUGCCAAAGGCCUUAUACUAUCAAACCAAUUGUCAGAGGCAUUUUGUAUAGCUGAGAAUCUCAGAUACCAGAUAGAAGCAUAUGGGAAAAUACUUAAUGCAAAUAGAUCGUACUACUUAUUUAGAGGAAAUCCCCCACUCUUUUCAACUCUUGUAAUAGAGCUUAUAUCUCAUCUUACAUCAGAAGAGAAAGGCUCACUACAAAAUUGGAUAGACAAGGCAGCAGAUGCUAUGAUUAAGGAAUAUUAUUACUUUCACCGAGGAUACAAUGCAGAACUUCAUCUUACCAGGCAUGUUCCUGGUGGAAAAGGAAUUCCUAUGGAAACAGAAGAGGGACACUUUUUCUCCAUAAUUCGCAGAAUAGUUCCAGGAGCAGAAAAGUGGUCUUCAGACGAACUAAAUGCAUAUAUUGCUAAAUAUAACACGGGAGAAGAAACAUCUGAAGCACUAGAAGAAUUUCUGCAGCACGACAGAGCAGUCCGGGAGUCUGGCCAUGAUACUUCUAAAAGAGUAGAUGGAAUUGCAUCGUAUUUAUAUACUGUUGAUCUGAACUCUUUGCUCUAUAAAACAGAACAAGAUAUUCUUAAGCUUCGGCAUGUACCAGAGAUAGAAAAAAUAUCAAAGCUAAGAAAGCAGGCGAUCAAUACGCAUCUGUGGAAUGGAGAAGCGUACUAUGACUACAACAUUAAAGAAAACAGACUAAGUAAAUAUAAAGGAGCAACUACUCUUUACCCACUAUUUUCCAUGGCGGCAGAUAAAGACAAAGCAGAUACAUUAGUGGCAAACAUGGGAGACCUAAUUGGCGCAGGUGGUAUAUUCACAGGAACUAAAGAAAGUUGCACAGUGCAUGCCCGCGGCAAUGAUGGCCAGAAGCAGUGGGAUUACCCGUAUGGAUGGGCUCCACACCAGAUUCUUGGGUGGAUAGGACUGACUAAUUAUAAUCAUGAUGCAAUAGCAAAAAGCCUGGCACUAAAAUGGUGCACCAUGGUAGGAAAGCUUUUUUCAAACUACAAUGGAGUAGUUACUGAGAAGUACAAUGUACAAACAGGCACACAUAAAAUGGAUGUAGAGUACGGAAACAUUGGCAGUGAAAUACGGCAUGUGCCACGGGAAGGAUUUGGAUGGACAAACUCCUCUUGGCUUGUUGGUCUGGCACUCCUUAAAGAGAGUUGGCAAAGAAAACUCUAUGCGCAAAUUGUGUUGGAAUAA